AUGGCAGCCUCAUACCGCGCUCGCGACAAUGCAGGCGAGGUGCUUGUGACAGCCGCCUUGCUCGGCUUGUCCUUGGCAGCGAACCUCUGGACAUCAGUCUACUUCAAAAGAUACCCUAUUGGUUCAUGGAAGGAAGAACAGGAGGCUGCGCUCGCCAAGCAGCAGAACAAAGACACGACAGCGGCGGUGGUCGACAGCGACAACCCGUCACCCGAUGCCUCCAGGGAUGAUAAGAAGUCAGCCCCAGGCAGUGGGAAACGCUCUGAAGUCGGCGGCGGCGAAAACGCCGAGGUAGCAAUGACCCUUCUAGCCGUGGGCUCUACUCUUUCCACGGCGCUUCUCACUCUCUUGCUCUGGGCUGCGCACAGGCGAGCCUUCCCGCGAAGCGUAGACGGGUUCCUCCUGAGCUCGCUGCUAAGUCUCCUAAUAUUCGUAUUCGUGUCCAUGUUAAGACGCUGGCACAGCUUCUUCGACUGGGUGUUCUACGCGUACGCGGCCGCGGCGCUGGGAUAUGCCAUCGAGGCUAGAUUCCGCUUCUGCAAUCAGUUGAUCGACUCUCUGGGAGGCGUAGAAGUCUAA